AUGACGCAAGUAAUAGAUAGAAUCGUUCAGUACGCUUAUAUGAACACUUUCAUUUUUCGAUUGAGAAAGCUUCAGGCCAUUGCUGGUUCGUAUGAUCCAGCUUCCAGUACAAAGAAUUUGCUAAGCAGUUUUGGGUGGGAGGUCAAUUAUAUCGAGCCUAUCUCUGCCUCAGCAGUUCUGGCCUCUACAAACUUGGUCGGCUACUGCCAACUGGCGUCAAAGUACGAGAUGUCAAAAAAAUCUGUACUUUUUUUAUCAGGGGCUGGUUUCCGAGUUCGGGCCCGUUUGGGUACUCCAUACCUUAGCCAAAGGUAUCGGCGUAUCCUUGCGGUUCUGGACAAGCCACUUAACAUGGCUUCCGAUCCGAACACUGGAAAAGGUUGGCAACCUUUGGAGUGGUUGAUAGGCAGAGGUCAAUUACAUCGAGCCUACUUAAAGGGAAUCCUUGUCAACUUGGUGAGGGAGAAGUCUGCUCCAAAAGAGCUUCGACUGCCUCCUUCCAACCUGACAUUCGAGGGAGAAAGGGAUAAUCUGGAGUACACUCUUGUCCGUAAUUGGAUGGAGUUGUGGCUCCAAUACCUUAAAUGGUAUUCCCUUCUCUUUCUCAAUCCGGAUCCUUCCCUUUACACCCUUUUCAACCCUCCUGUUGUAUCAUACGACUAUAAGAAGAAUUUCCAUGAAGACCGUGAAGCCUCACGGAGGUUUUCUCUUAUUUUCUGUGUGUACGACAUGGGGGAGGGGGAGGGAAAGGGUCCUGGAUGGACCCUGCAUCGAGUGUGGUGUGGAAAGGAAUCAGCUCUUGCACCCAAUGCAAAUUACAUACUCACUGCCUGUCCAUCUUUUUGA